AUGAAAGGCCUAAUUCUAGUCGGCGGAUACGGUACGAGGCUACGGCCAUUGACGUUGACGGUGCCCAAGCCGCUCGUGGAGUUCUGCAACAGACCCAUGAUCCUACACCAGAUCGAGGCAUUGGCCGCGGCGGGUGUGACGGAUAUUGUGUUGGCAGUGAACUACCGCCCGGAGGUGAUGGUGGAGACAUUGAAGAAGUACGAGAAGCAGUAUGGCGUGUCCAUCACCUUCUCUGUGGAGACUGAGCCUCUGGGGACGGCAGGGCCGUUGAAAUUGGCUGAGAAGGUUUUGAAGAAGGACAACUCUCCAUUCUUCGUUCUCAACUCUGACGUGAUCUGUGAGUACCCAUUCAAGGAGCUCGCUGCCUUCCACCGCGCCCACGGUGGCAAGGGUACGAUUGUGGCCACCAAGGUGGACGAGCCUUCCAAAUACGGUGUGAUUGUCCACGACAUUGCCACUCCAAACUUGAUCGACCGUUUCGUGGAGAAGCCUGUGGAGUUUGUGGGUAACAGAAUUAACGCCGGGUUGUACAUUUUGAACCCUGAGGUGAUCGACUUGAUCGAGCUCAGACCUACUUCUAUUGAGAAGGAGACCUUCCCUAUCUUGGUUGAACAGAAGUCCCUCUACUCUUUCGACUUGGAAGGCUACUGGAUGGACGUCGGGCAACCAAAGGACUUCUUGGCCGGCACUGUGCUGUACCUAAACUCCCUGUCCAAGCGCCACCCAGAGCAGCUUGCGAAGGGCGACAACAUCGUCGGCAACGUUAUUAUCGAUCCUUCUGCUAAGAUCUCCGGUUCUGCAAAGUUGGGCCCGGACGUCGUGAUUGGGCCAAAUGUGACAAUUGGAGAGGGUGUUAGAAUCACGAGAUCGGUGGUGCUAUCGGACUCCACUAUCAACGACCAUUCUUUGGUGAAGUCCACUAUAGUCGGGUGGCACUCGACCGUCGGUAAAUGGUGCCGCCUAGAGGGCUGCUCUGUUUUGGGUGACGACGUCGAAGUAAAAGACGAGGUGUAUGUGAACGGUGGUAAGGUCUUGCCUCACAAGUCAAUUUCCGCCAACGUUCCAAAGGAGGCCAUUAUCAUGUAA